GUAUUUUUCAUCUUUAAAUAGUACUCAUGCUACUUUUCCACGAUAAUAUUACCCACUGUUCACCUUAUUUUGCCUAUUUCACAAAAUUAAGAGUGUAUUAAAUUUAUUUCCACUCUGUUCCUCCGUUCAUAGCCAUGAUGAGGCUUUCCCUAAAACCUCCGGCAGCCGCCGCCGCUGCCGCCACUCUCCGUCGCUUCUCCGCCGAUCCCCACUCCACGCCACCAGACCCGUCCUGCCACAUCUCGGAGACGCUCUCCCUCCUACAAACCUCCGAUCCCAUUUCCUGGCCAGCCAAUCCUAAGCUCGCCGAUCUCCUAUCCGCCGUCUCUCCGCCGUCCGUCCUAAAAAUCACCCGCCAGCUCCCGGAUUCCCGAAGUGCCCUCAAUUUUUUCGAGUACCUCAAAGCCAGCCCCCACCUAUCCGAUUCAGCCCCCCUCGCGUUCCAAGCGGUUCUCGAGCUCGCCAUGCGCGAAAACCCUAAUUCCCCCGGUAAGCUGUACGAGCUCUUCGCAAUGUCGAAGGAGCAAAAUACCCCUCUCUCCGUCAACGCGGGAACCCUACUGAUCAAGUGCUUUAGUCGCGCGAAUAUGCUGGAGGAGAUGUUCACGGUGUUCGGCUCCAUCGAUGGACAGGUGAGGAAUACAUACGUGGUGAAUUUUGUUGUUUCUGGGUUGUUCAAAUUGGGCCGUUUCGAUGAUGCAUUGAAGCUGGUCGACGAAAUGCUUCAACCAGAUGCUUGUAAUCCUCCCAAUGGCUACACCUUGAGCAUUGUCUUUUCGUCGAUUUUGGGAAGAAAUUGCGUAGGUAGUAGCGUGACGGAUGAGGAAAUUUACGAUAUUUUUUCGCGUUUUGGUGAGCGUGGUCUUUGCCUGAGCGGAUUUCGGUUGACGCGCCUGAUUUCUAGGUUAUGUAGGAAUUGCGACUGCGACAAGGCUUGGAAUGCUAUGCAAAAAGCAAUGAAUUCGGGGUCUGAUGUGGAGGUGUACUCUUGCAAUUUCCUGCUGUCAAGCUUAGGGCACCAACGCGAUUAUGCUAGAAUGAACUUGUUGAUGCAACAGAUGAAGGAAAAGGGGAUCACACCGACUGUUGUGACCUAUGGGAUCAUGAUCAAGAGCUUGUGCAAGAUUCGAAGGUUGGAUGAGGCGUUGGAGGUGCUCGAGAAGAUGAGAGACGGGGAAGCUGGCAUUGAACCGGAUGUUGUCAUUUUCAACACGUUGAUUGAUGGAUUGUGCAAAGUUGGGAGGCAAGAAGAGGGGCUGAAGUUGAUGGAGUGGAUGAGGUUGUCUGAUAGCAAGUGUGAGCCAAACACUGGCACUUACAAUUGCUUGAUCGAUGGAUUUUGUAAAGUAGGCGACGUUGAUAAGGGGCGCGAGCUUUUUGAGCAAAUGAGCGAUCUUGAGGCGGGAAUCAAUGUCGUUUCACUUAAUGCAAUGCUGGGAGGGAUGUGUAGGGUUGGUAGAGUUAGCUCUGCGAUGGAACUCUUUAACAGAAUGCGCAAGGAGAAGGGUUUGGAAGGGAAUGCAGUUACAUAUACCGUGUUGAUAACUGCUUUCUGUGGUGCAAACAAUAUUGAGAAGGCAAUGGAUUUGUUCGAUGAAAUGAAAGAAAACGGAUGCACCCCGGAUGCUAUCGUGUACUACACCUUGAUCUCGGGCCUUACACGGGCUGGAAAAAUGGAUGAUGCUAUGAGUAUCAAGUUGAGGAUGGAGGAAGCCGGUUUCCGAUUGGACAUCGUUGGCUACAAUAUCAUGACUGGUGGAUUUUGUAGAAAGGACAGGAUCGAUGAAGUCUCUGAGCUUCUGAAAGAGAUGGAGAGUGUCGGAUUGAGGCCGGAUCGCGUCACUUACAACACUCUGCUUUCGUAUUUCUGUGACAAGGGGGAUUUCAAGCAUGCACGGAGAGUGAUGAAGAGGAUGGUGGGUGAUGGAUUAACACCUACUGUUGUUACCUAUGGUGCUUUGAUUCAAGGGUAUUGCUCGAAGAAGAAGCUCGGAUCAGCGAUGAAGAUAUUCAGAGACAUGAAAUCCACAUCGAAGGUGCCUCCCAACACUGUGAUUUACAACAUCUUGAUCGACUCACAUUGCAAGGGGGACCACGUGGACACUGCUCUUUCGUUAAUGGAUGAGAUGAGGGACCGUGGGGUGAAGCCAAGCACCACCACGUAUAAUGCUCUGUUUAAAGGCCUGCAGCAGAGGAAUUGGUCUGAAAAGGCUCUGCAGUUUAUGAAGCAGAUGAUUGAGCAAGAAUGUGUGCCGGAUUAUUCGACGAUGGAGAUCCUCACCGAGUGGCUCUCUGCAGCUGGCGAGACGGAGAAGUUGAAAGAGUUCGUCCGGGCCUACCGGGCUUCUGAUCCGACUGUGUAGAGCUUCACAGUGAGAGGUGAAUCGAGGGAUGAUGCGCCUCUGCCUUUGUUGUAGCAUUGUUUAGUUUCUUGGUGGAGGUGGGAGAAUUUGAGCUCUCUUGAAAACCUGCAUUUUCAUGUAAUUUGAGUUUUGGAGAAUCACUAUGAAAAACCUUGAUAGUAUUUGGCAAUGGGAAUCUUGAUUCUUGAUUAAUAA